AGCUUGAUCUCACACUAGCUUGCCACUGAUCGAUCACUUGCCACUCGAGAGCGACCGAGCGAGGGGGGGAGAGAGAGAGAGAGAGCCUGUCGCGAGCUAGCCUAGCUACACGACACAACCAGCGGCGCGCCAGCGGGGAGAGACAUGCCGGAGGCGCCGGGCGCCAUGCGAGAAGCGGCGGCGGCGGCGGCGCCCGAGGCGCACCGCGAGGCGCUCGAGUACAUCGAGCGCGUGACGGCGGGCGCGGGCCAGGUGCAGCGCCGCGUGCUGGCGGAGAUCCUGGCGCAGAACGCGCCGGCCGAGUACCUGCGCCGCCUGGGCGUCGCGGGGGACGCGCCGGGCGCCGCCGAGGCGUUUCUCCGCGCCGCGCCGCUCGUCACCUACGAGGACAUCCUCCAGGACGUCCUUCGCAUCGCCAACGGCGACACCUCGCCCAUCCUCUCCGGCAAGCCCAUCCGCGAGUUCCUCACCAGCUCCGGCACGUCGGGAGGGGAGCGGAAGCUGAUGCCGUCGAUCGCCGACGAGAUGGACCGACGCUCUCUGCUCUACAGCCUGCUCAUGCCGGUCAUGAGCCAGGCCGUGCCCGGGCUGGACAAGGGCAAGUGCAUGUACCUCUACUUCGUCAAGGCGGAGUCGCGCACGCCGGCCGGCCUCCCGGCGCGCCCGGUGCUCACGAGCUUCUACCGGAGCCGCCACUUCCUCGAGCGCCCGCACGACCCCUACACCGUGUACACCAGCCCCGACGUGGCCGUCCUCUGCGUGGACGCGUACCAGAGCAUGUACGCGCAGCUGCUCUGCGGCCUCGUGCACCGCGCCGACGUGCUCCGCGUGGGCGCCGUCUUCGCGUCAGGCUUCCUCCGCGCCAUCCGCUUCCUGGAGAAGCACUGGCAGCGCCUGUGCCGCGACAUCCGCGCCGGCACGCUCGACGCCGAGAUCACCGACCGCUCCGUGCGCGCCGCCGUGGAGCGCGUGCUCCGCGCCGACCCGGCGCUCGCCGACGCGGUCGAGGUCGAGUGCGCCAAGCCGUCGUGGGAGGGCAUCAUCCGGAGGGUGUGGCCCAGCACCAAGUACAUCGACGUCAUCGUCACCGGCGCCAUGGCGCAGUACAUCCCCACGCUCGAGUUCUACGGCGGCGGCCUGCCGCUGACGUGCACCAUGUACGCUUCGUCCGAGUGCUACUUCGGCAUCAACCUCAACCCGAUGUGCAAGCCCAGCGACGUCGCCUACACCCUCAUCCCCACGAUGGGAUACUUCGAGUUCCUCCCCGUCAGCUCCUCCGCCGCCGAGCCACACCACCGCGACCUCGUGGACCUCGUCGACGUCAAGCUCGGCCACGAGUACGAGCUCGUCGUCACCACCUACUCCGGGCUGUAUCGCUAUCGCGUGGGCGACGUGCUGCGCGUUGCCGGGUUCAAGAACCAGGCGCCCAUGUUCAACUUCGUGCGCCGCAAGAACGUGGUGCUGAGCAUCGACUCCGACAAGACCGACGAGGCGGAGCUGCACGCGGCCGUGGCCGGCGCGGUGCAGCACCUGGCCCCGUUCGGCGCGUCGCUGGUGGAGUACACGAGCUACGCGGACGCGGCCACCAUCCCGGGCCACUACGUGCUGUUCUGGGAGCUCCGCGGCGGCGGCGCGACGCCCGUGCCGGCGUCGGUGUUCGAGGACUGCUGCCUCGCCGUGGAGGAGGCCCUGAACAGCGUCUACCGGCAGGGCCGCGCCGCCGACCGCUCCAUCGGGCCGCUGGAGAUCCGCGUGGUCUCGGAGGGCACGUUCGACAAGCUCAUGGACUACGCGCUCGCCCGCGGUGCGUCCAUCAACCAGUACAAGGCGCCCCGGUGCGUGCGCCCGGGCCCCCUGGUGGAGCUGCUUGACGGCCGGGUGCAGGCCCGCUACCUGAGCCCCAAGUGCCCCAAGUGGAGCCCGGGCGGAGGCAAGCAAUGGAGCAGCAACGCCGCCGCCGCCGUCGUCACGAAGGCGGCCGACAUCAAUGCCGGAUCAGGGGCGGUCGUCGCCUGAUGGAUCGGAGCUGCUAGGAUUUAGCCGGCUAAUCUUGGAAAUCGUUAGUGGGAGGCUGUGACCGAUCGAUCCGAGCCGUGCAUGGCAACGAGUGAUUAUAGCUAGCUAAUCAUCGAGUGCGGUAGCUUCAUUAUUGUACGCGUCGUCUGUUCAUCGUGGCGUUUUGUUUCUUUCUCUUUUCUGUGGUUUUGUAAUAAAGCCGUAGUGACCUGUGCCCCUUUUGUUUUUAUCAGAUCUUGGCAUGUUGUGUUA